AUGACUACCAUAGCCACCUCGCUUCCAUCACCUCAACCGCCUUCCGCCGAAACCCUCAGCACCCUGCCAGACCCCAGAACUCCAUUGACUCCACCGGACAUAUCUCGAAGCGGCUCCACUUCUCCACACCAUCCUGAGCUCAGUAAUGAGGUCGCUGCGCUCAGCAACAAGCUGAUACAUGCCAUAAAUCACCAGACUGAUCUAGACGAUACGCUGAGCGAGACAAGACAACAACUGGAAGCAGCUCAAGAACGAGUAUGGCAAUUAGAACAGCAGGAGCAAGAGCACAGGUCCCUGAUCGACAAUCGGAUUUUGGUAAAAUGGGAGGACGUAGAGCAAGACACAUUGAGACUUCGUGUGAGUUUAGCAGACGAGAGAAAGCAACGAGCGCAAGUAGCCAAGGAUAAGGCAGCAAUAGAGCAGGAGUUAGAAACACUGACAACAGAAUUGUUCGAAGAAGCUAAUAAGGUAAGGACGAUGGUAGCAUUACACAAGGCCCAUGUUAACAUUUUUCAGAUGGUUUCAGCAGCCAAAAGAGAUGCGAAGAGAGAUCGAGAGGGAAUCGAAAAACGCAACGAGCAACUCCAAGCCCAGCUUAAUGAUGCCGAACUGCUCCUCAGCUCGCAUCAGGAACAGCUUGCUGAGCUCAAACACGCGAUGCAAGAUAUGUCGGCUCAUCGGAACGAGCUGGAAACGGUGAAUAGUCUCUCUACAGCUCCAUCUACUCCUGCUCUCGACUCGCAAGAACACAUCAGCAGGAUUUUCGACGCUUUACAUCUGUCUCCAACGACGCCUGGGGGGGAUGACAUACCGCCUGCCCCGCCGACCCACUUCACACAUCUAAUCAGCCCGGUUUUGAGAACAGAUGUUCAGGCUUUUGAAGACUUCCACUUUUUACUGGAUGUAUCGCGACGAUCUGGACCUCCAAGUCGCGUCACAAGCGGCAAUUACAAUGGAUCUUCUGGCCUCGGUAUUACUAACCUCAGCAAAGGGGAUUCAUCUCAGCUCUCGAACCGGAUGCCUUCGAAUGGUUCAACUUCUUCUCUCACUACCUCGAACACCCUCCACUCGUCUCCAAGCACACCAAAUCUGGCACCCUCUGCCACCACGAGCGUAUCAUCACGCGACGGUCCCACUAGUGGCACACCGCUGAAAGAAACGGCGUUUUACAAACGAGUGCUUGUAGAAGAUAUUGAGCCGACGAUGCGACUCGACACAGCGCCGGGUCUUUCUUGGCUAGCUCGUCGAAGCGUCGUAAGCAGCAUGUGCGAAGGGAGGCUCGUCGUAGAACCAAUGCCCGUAGCAGCGAAGGGGCACCAUAACCCAUGUUCAUUGUGUGGAGAGCAAGGUCGGAAUGAGCAACGCGUAAGAACCCAUCGAUUCCGACUGAACGAGAGCGAGACAGCACAAAGGUAUCCUCUUUGCGACUACUGCCUUAAUCGUGUCAGAUCCACCUGUGACUUGAUAGGCUUCCUUAGGAUGGUGAAGGACGGACAUUGGAGAACGGACGGUCCACAAGCUGAAGCUAUGGCAUGGGAAGAGAGCGUUCGCUUGAGAGAAAGAAUGUUCUGGUCAAGAAUUGGUGGUGGCGUUAUACCUGCUUUUCUUCGAGGAAGACCUGAGUCUCCUCGGCUCUCCAUAGAAGACGUGAAAUCGGCACAAGCCUCAUCAGAGGCCCAGACGCGCCACGGCAACCAGGACAUGCAUGAUAUGCAGCCAUCAAUCAAAAAGGAAGUAGGUCAAGAAAGGCCUCCGACUCCUCCUCCAAAGCUAGAAGCACAUGUAUUCUCACCACCUAACCACGUUCCGAGGUCGCAAUCACCUUCCACAAUUUUAAGGGCGAGGAGUGAUUCACAGCUGACGGCGCGGUCAGGUCCAGAUCCUCCAGCUUCAUCCAGUCUCUCAAUGGAAGACAGGUCUGCUGUGGCAGACAAAGACGCUGGUCCGGACGUGAAGCUUGACAGAACGUCCCUAUCGCGAACGACGACACGUAGUCGAGGUUCAAGCCGUGCUGAAGCUCCUGGCUCCGGCAACGUCAUCAAUUCCAUUGCAAAACGAGCUGCAAUGUUCGAGAGGUCGGCUUCUCAAGAUGGGCCUUCGAACCAGCUGCACGCUUCUUUGCAAGCCUCGAUGAGGAACAGAUCACCCAGUCCAAGAAAAGCAGAUAGCAGUGGUUCUGUACCGGGCGCCUUUGAGUGA